GGCGGUGCGUUUGAACGCCGCGGCGGUAGCGCCGUGUUCCGCCGGGAGCUCGCGGCGGGUCUGUCGCCAUGCCCGGCCGCCCCGAUGACUACGAGGUGCUGCUCACCAUCGGCGCGGGUUCCUACGGCAAGUGCCGCAAGGUGCGCCGCAAGGCUGACGGCAAGAUCUUGGUAUGGAAGGAGCUGGACUACGGCUCGAUGACGGAGGCAGAGAAACAAAUGCUUGUCUCGGAAGUGAAUUUGCUCCGUGAACUGAGACAUCCCAAUAUCGUCCGGUAUUACGAUCGAAUCGUCGACAGAAGCAGCACAACCCUGUACAUAGUGAUGGAGUACUGCGAUGGUGGUGACCUGGCUAGCUUAAUUGCAAGGUGCACGAAGGAAAGGCAUUACUUGGAAGAAAGCUUUGUUCUCAGAGUAUUGACCCAGUUGACAUUGGCCUUGAAGGAAUGUCACCGACGGAGCGAUGGUGGAGUCACUGUGCAUCGUGACCUAAAGCCAGCAAAUGUAUUUCUAGAUGGCAAGCAGAAUGUGAAACUUGGAGAUUUUGGGCUGGCUAGAAUACUGCACCAUGAUACCAGCUUUGCCAAAACAUUUGUUGGAACUCCAUAUUAUAUGUCUCCAGAACAAAUGAACUACAUGUCAUACAAUGAAAAAUCUGACAUCUGGUCUCUAGGAUGUCUCCUGUAUGAAUUAUGUGCUCUCUCGCCUCCGUUUAGAGCUUACAACCAAAAGGAGUUGGCAGAAAAGAUUAGAGAAGGGAAGUUCAGACGAAUACCAUAUCGUUACUCAGAGCAAUUGAAUGAACUUCUCAAAGAGAUGCUGAAUGUAAAGGAUUAUUGCCGACCUUCUGUUGAAGAUAUUCUGCAGCACCCCUUGAUAGCAGACUUGGUGGCAGAAGAACAAAGACAAAAUUCUGAUAAAAGAGGCUGGAGAUCAUGGGAGCCAGAAAGGCUGCAGCAUUCAGAUGCUGCACUGACUGAGCUGAAACGGAAGGAACAACAAUUACAGGAGCGAGAACAAGCCAUUAAAGAGAGAGAGCAACGUUUGGAGCAGAGAGAACGGGAACUCUGUGUUCGAGAGAGACUGGCAGAGGACAAACUUGCUAGAGCCGAAAACUUGAUGAGGAGCUGCAGUCUCUACAAACAGCAGAGGACAUUAGCUUGUGCAGAUGGUCCAGAUAAUGCACUCCUGCUCCCCUUUUCUACAACCAAGAAGAAAGUACACUUUGAUGGAAGUGAAGAGAAUGCUGUGCCUCCUGUUAAUUUGGAAAACUAUCCCCUUUCUAAAGGGAAAUGCUCUGAUCUCAAAAAACGUCUAUAUGCUGCAAAUCUAAGGGCUCAAGCACUGUCUGAACUGGAAAAAAACUACCAACUAAAGAGCAGACAAAUCUUGGGCAUGCGCUGAAACUAACAUAGAUGUAAAGUAUUUAACUUAAAAGCUGAUUAAAUGUUUAAGAAGAUCCUUGUGCCUCCCUCUUCUAAGCUAGAACCUACUGAAAAUUUCUUUUAACAGUUCUUAUACAAACUCUUAGUCUAUGAUAGGUAGUUCAUGAUAAAGGCAUAAGAGAUUAUAUUAUGAAAACAAGUAGUUUUGAUAUCAAAUCAAAAAAACUGAAUUGUAUUAUUAAAGAACACCUAUUUUGGUCUUCCUGUUUACCAUACAUUACUCUUCUGAAAAAUAUAAAGAAUUAAUAUUGUAAAAUGGAUUUUUAAAAAUCUGGUAUGAAAACCUUUUCAGAAGAAAAAUAUACAGAGAUUCGCAAUCUGUAGGUUAAAACAAUGCUGUAUGUAGUGUACAGUAUUUGGUAAAAUAAGUAUUGAUGUUUUGUAAAUGUGGAAAAACAGCAGCUUUUUGUCUGUACUUGUAAAUAUAUUUUAACUAUCAAAAAGCGAUUUUUACACAUUCUCUUCCUACUAAGUAGGUGAUUUAUCAAAGCAGGCUACUUUUAAUGUCUUUGACUAAUGAGUGGGAUGGGUCAGCUUAGCAUAAUUGAUACAUUUAUACUCCUUUCUGCUUGGGAAGCUGAAUGGCUUGUCCACCAACUCCUGAAAGGCCUGCUGCGCAGCAUAGCAUUUGAAAUAACACCUUCUUUGUUUUGCCUAGAAACUGUUAUAAACUGAUCUGAGACUGCUAUCCUGGACAGGACACCAUCCAGGGUGCUAUCACCUGUGUUUUGGGGAGGGGCAAUUGUACUUUGACUAGAAGAUUCUUAUUUUCUUGAAGCUUAUGAGGUAUCUCUGUUUUUCCCUUCACAAUUCUCUCCCAGAGUAGGAGUUGCUUGCUUAAGUUGAUGUAAGUUUCAUGAACUGACUCAGACCAAUGAAUUUUAAAAAAAUCCUUUGGAACUGUAAUGCCUGGCAUGUAUUUUAUAGAGAGUUUUGUUAUCUCUGUGUUGAAAUGCCAUAAAACAUACAUUCUUAAGAAACAGCUAAUUUUCAAAACGUUUCCUUAAUGAGCCAUGAAUGUUAUCUAAGGAGGUAUUCUAGAUGGCUUUUGAUUGAAAAAAAGAGAAUCUUAUUUGAAAUAUCAAUUUAAUUUGACAUAUUUGCUGAGAGGCAAGUACUUGUCUUACCAAACUGCUCUAGGAGAUUCUUAACCACACAGCAGAGCUUCUCAUAUUUACUUGCAUAGUGGGUACUGUUUUCACCACAACCUUUCCUUAAAUGAAUUAGAAUGUGACUAUUUUGUUUGCUAGUCUAAAACUUCCACUAUUCUGGUGGUCAUUAGCCAGCACUAGGUGUGGUUGAAAUGUCUGGCAAGUAUGCACAGCCAAAGUAGCCGUGCCAUAUGGAUCAGUGCAGCUUUCCUUCUGCAUUCUUUCAUAUUGUUGAAGAUUCUCACAUGUAUUUGGAGGGUGAAUCCCCGCUUUCUCACCAUGUCUGUACAUUCAGAUUUUUUUGUUCUGUGCAUCAACCAGAGAAUCUGCAAUGCAGUUCUACUGGCCUUUAUGUGGAUCUUUAUUGUAUAGCCCAUAAGAUGUCAAAGGGUAGCAUAUGCAGUGGUGUUAGUCUAAUCUGAAAAAAAUAUGUAGGACACAAGAAUUUUGUUGUAUGCUUUGUCAUCUGUAAAAUUCAGGUAUCAGUUAGUGAAAGGAGGAAACCAAGCAACCAAGAAAAUAAAUUAGUUAUUGAUUCAGGAAAGACUAUAUUGUGAAGUGUCUGGUGGUUGCAAAUGUUUUGCUUUUAACAAGACCUAACUAAGAAAAUGGCUUGAGAGUCUUUUUUUGUCUCUUUUUUUUUUCCUCCUUGGAACAUAUAGCUGGAACAAAUAAUUUCUGCAUAUAUAAGUAAAAUACCUGCAGAGCAAUACCUGCAGCUUUCCUCUUCUUUUAAUUCUCUAGUAACCUCAAGAUGGCACUGUUGCCCUGUAAUUGUUGGGAAUUUCUUCUGUAUUGAUACAUGAUGCAAAAUUGAUGAUCUGAUUUAAAUAUAUUUUUACCUGUUUUGUUUCAGAAAAUCAUAAGUUUGUUGCUGCAAGAUGCUGAUUUUCUUAGGCUACAGAUGCUUUAGUACUUGCUGGUGCAAUUAAUUAUCUCCAAUUUGCCAUUUUGCAUCUUUUAUGCAUGUUUUAUAAAAAUAGUUGAAUCAAAGACUUAGCUAACGAUUACACUAUUAUGAAUAAGAAGUGCUACGGAGAGUGCAAACUGUAUCAAUCACAAUGGCAGUAAUAAAUGAGAACAGCUUAAGUUACAGCUGUAGCACUGAGCUAUUUAAGUUGCAUUACUCACAAUGUCUUCUUGAAGUAUCAUCACUCUAAUAUGAUAAAUGCAGUGUUUUUGAGGUUUUUGAAAUAAGUACUUCCUACCAUUACGUGUCAAACAUAGGGGAAGGCAUCCUGGAGACGGUGUUUGUUCUCUCUGAGGAUUUUUGCUUUGGAAUCCUGAAAUUCACAUUUUCCUACAAAAGCAUAAUUGUUUUUCCCAGAGCACAUGUGUAGCAUUGGAAUCACAUUCAGGAUGUAAUUUUCAAAUAUAUUCAGGAAAAUAAAUAGCACGUUUAUGGGAA